GUUCCCAGACCUCCAGCUCAAGCCAAGCUACUGUACCGCUUGACUUCAACGUUCAGCUUGUGCGUUGACACAAACGUUGUGUCCACUGUACAACGCGGCAACAUUGAGGCCAUGCUUCUGGUAUGAAGCGCAAGCCUCCAAUAGAUAUCGAGCUCUCUGGGCAAGGGGAGCAUUGACUGGCUUCAAUUUGCUUCUACCCAAGGAACGUUGCUGUUGUAGCGCGUAUGGCAUAUAGCAUGCCUUGCUUGUCCACCGGUACUCUAUCACAAUCUCUACUCUCCGUUACCGUUAGACAGAUCGUCCCAAAACGAUUCCAGACAGUUAACUGGUCAAUUGUUCGGCCUUUUCGAGGUUUUCAUUCUUCACCUGCUCGCCACUAUCCGUAUCCUUCUGCUUCCCUUCAUUCAAGCGCGUUGGAUCCCAGACUAUUACGGCUCUCUACCGACCAGAGCGUACCUAUCACAAGAGCAGAAACGUCUCUCCUUCAACAAAUUCUACCUUCAUGGAAAGCUUCUGGCGCUCUCAUUCCGUAUCCAGAACGUGUCAUAGUUGUCCAAGCACUCAGACGCUGUGGACAGAUCAUCCCCGAAGGUCGAAGUCGACUUCCAGCUUUAUUCAGGUUCUCUGGAGCCGAGGAUCCCUUAUUGACUCUGUCCUCUGCGGCACUUGAAGAGGCCCAAUGGUGGCUUGAACGACUUUCUCAACCUGUAUCUUCGCAGUUAUCUUCCCUCCCACCGCGUGAGCUGCCUUUGGAACAUAUGGAGAUUUACGUCGAUGCAUCCACGAGAGGAAUCGGGGUGACCAUUGACCGUCGUUGGCUGGCUUGGGAAUUCACGCAACCACUAGGCAACGGAGGAAAAUUUUCGUUUCCCCAAGGUCACAUAGGAUGGGCGGAACUGAUCGCCAUCGAACUCGCACUGCGGGCCUUGAUCGCCCAGGGCUAUUCUUCAUGUCAAGUUCCCGUUCACGUUGACUCUCUCGAGGCUAUCGCUUGUUUUGAGAGAGGGUUCUCUAGACAGGAAGAGCAGAAUACUGCGGUUAGGCGGAUUUAUGGGUUGCAACGGGCUAGUGGGAUCCUCUUGAAACUUAUCAGGGUCGCCAGCCAGUACAAUGUGGCUGAUAGCCUGAGUCUCGGACUCCUUCCUAGUACAUCGAGACGGUUUCCAGCACUUGUCACACUCCCAAUGGAAUUAGCUGGUCGGCUGACAGCUUUAUGAGAUACAGUGGCAUUGGUUCCGUCAGCGUAGUCAGGAUGCAGGGGGAUGCCCUUGUCCAUCCUCAUCAUUGAACUAUGUUGCCUAGACUGUAAUGUAAGUUGUACAUGUUUAGCCAUGGGUUCUUCUUCCCGACUCAUCGUUUGAAUAGAAUGACCUUAUUGCCAGGCUAUCCAACCAGUCAUGACAUGUGCAACGAGCGAAUGAGGUCGAUGGCCUCAAAUUCCUUGACGCAACGUCGAAUCGCACGUUAUUGAAACCGUCAAUAUCCAACGCCAUAGUACGCCGGAUUCACGUCCCGGCCUUCGCCAUAAACGGUACUCACUUACUCCGACGAAGAAGCUAUCCUUAAUGGACAAACACUGGGAUGACAAUGAGAAGAGUGCUGCGUUGGCAUCCAUACGGGAGGCGGUACAUCGUCUUCUCUGAGUCAAUUGUUCACGCUCCCUCCACUUGCUAAUAUUAUUUUUUAUACAGAUGCUUAGUUACUGAAAGGCCACGCGAAACUCAAACCUGGAGUCUGUCACCGCAAUUACAGAAUCUGCAUCAUCGUCCCUCUCUCGCACAACCUCCACAUCAUCCACAUCUUCUGCUUCUGGUCCUACUCUGUCACGAGCUACUCGCGCUGCACGAAAGUGAGGAGCACGUUAGUUUCACGGAAUCCUGGACAUCGAACGAGGAAGAGCUGGCUGCACUUUCUGAUGAAGAGCGUGGUAUCACGGCCGAACGAUGUGAUGCUCUCUUGGCUGAAGGGCGGAUUUCGGAGCUUCGCGUGUUAUUACAGGGAUAUGGCGAGCAUAGAGCAGCUGGCGAUGAAGUUUUAAAAGUCUACACUAGUCAGAUGUAUUAUUGUACUAUUGUAACAAUACACUGCAGUAGAAUGGUCUUGAAACU